AUGGCAAACGCCGAGGAUACCAGUGCCGGCGUGACACCGGCCAUCUUCCGCCAACUUCACAUCAAACUCCCAACCCCACCCCUGACGGAACCGGCCUCAAGUCACAAGAGCUCCAAUGCCUGGCUGAAGAAACACCCCAAGGGCUUUCUCCUCAUGCACAACCUGAAGCCGAGCUAUCCAAUGGGCAAAUCCAUGCUUCUCCAGAGCAUCGAUACCGAUGAGCUCUUCGUGAACAAGCGGUUCAAGCGUGAGGCGCCAACUUUCCACGACGACGACCGCGAAUUCAAAAACCCGAAACGUGACAUUCUUUACUGGACACCAUCGCCCCCUGAGCUACGCUUCUCCACCUUGGAAGACCCUCGCGUGGAGGCCCAGCUCCCAGACGAGCCAUACUUCCCCAAGCUGCACGCGUACAGCGGGCCCCCAGAGCAGGAAGAGGUGGACGAUGACCUGGAUGAGGCCGACACCUAUUCGUUGUACUUCCAGCAUUACAAUGGCGGGACGCUGAGCAACCUGAUGGAGAUGUACAGCGACCGGCGCAUCGGGUCGCCUAUCCCAGAGUCAUUCAUCUGGCACGUCAUGGAACAGCUGUCGCGAGCCAUCUUGCAUCUUCAUUGCGGCUACAGCACUGCCGACCUCGACUAUCACUAUUACAAAGGCUCAGGCGGCAGAUCGCCCAGUCGGCCCGACAAGCGGAAGUGGAGGCGCAUUGUGCACCGUGCUAUCACGCCACACAACGUGCUGCUGCACUUUCCGGACAGCGACGACCCGCUUGAACGCUGUUUCCCGCAAAUCAUCCUGGAGGGUUUCGACAAGGCCGGGUUUGUCAACGACAGGCGGGACCUUUGGAGUCAAGGCACCAUCAGCAACCGCGGCGAGGAGGCCGAGACUGGUCCUGCGUGCUUCGAGGACAUACACCUCUUCGGCGAGCUCCUUCGUCGGCUGGUGACAGUCUACAACGGCGGCAAGAAUGACCGGGAGAGCCGACUGGACUACGACGUCAACGUGGAGGGCAAGCUCUCGCCGUAUCUCUCGAAGACUCUCAAGUUGCGCGCCGGGCAAGAACCGGCGUACUCAAGCGACCUGAUCAGCUUGCUGAAGAAGUUCGAAAUCCCAGCAUUGCAGAAGGGGGACGGGGCCCGCUUUUCGCAGCAGGGCGUGCAGGAGCAGAUCAAGGACGUGUUCUUCCUCCGCGACGAAGUCCUUCCGAUGGCAAUCAAGAAGGUCAGCGAGUACAUCCAAGAAUGGGGCGAGGACCCGGUUCUCCAAACCCCGGUGGCGGACAGGGACGACUUUGGCGACGUCUCCUGGGUCAGGCCCGCCCCAGACUUUGAGACGAUACCAUAUUCCACGACCAGGUACAGGGAAGACCAAAUUCUGGAACAGUACAAGAAGGAACUGAGGUGGCUGUUCGGGCCCCGAAGAGGCAGCGGCAAGGGGAAGCUGAAAGAAGGAGGAAGCAAAGGUGGUUGCCGCUGCGGAAAGCAAAAGCAGCCGAGGAUGAAGAGGCAGCCAGGGUGGCAGAAGCAAAGGCAACCAAAGCAGCGCAUGCGAAGGCCGCUCGUGAUGCACAAGCAAAGGCAGUCGAAGAAGCAGCCGCCGAGGGAGCCCUCCCGGGCUUCCCAACCAUCCGACAAGCCCCCACCACGCAAGUCCCAACGCCUCAUGAAGCGAGCCACUACCGAAGCCGCCACCAAGGCCGAGUCCCCAGCCGGCACCGACGUCGCCGCCGACGACGCAGGACACUCACCCACACCCGCACCCAAACCCACCGCCAAAGGCAAAGCCAAAGGCAAAGCCAAAGGCAAAGCCAAAGGCAAAGCCAAAGGCAAAGCCAAAGGCAAAGUCAAACCCGCGCCCAAACCCAAGCCAGCCCCGAAACCCAAACCCGCCCCCAAACCCAAACGCCCUCUCAAAACCACCGCCAAACCCAUCAGCCCCUCCCCCGUCGACAUCGACAUCGACGCCGACAACGACUUCACCACCACCACCGGCACACAGGUCUCACCGACCCUACAGUUCCGGCGCGACGUGCAGGAGCGGGUGAGCGAGGCGCUGGAAGUGCUGGAGCAGGUGGCGGACGAGCUGGAGCGGGCGGUGGCGUGGCAGCGGGGGGAGUCGCUGCGGGCGCGGGAGCAGAGGGGGGGUGAAGGGGAGGGGGAGGAGUUGGAUGUGAAUGUGGAUGGGCUGUGGAAGAGUUGA